CACCCCACCCCACCUCCUCCCAUGGGCCUGCUCCGACCCCGCGCCAGGACGCAGCAGUGCUACUACUGCCUCGCGCAGGGCGACGCGGCCGCGGCCCCCGCCGCCGGGUCCAGCACGGGGCGUACGUCGUCCUGGCUCUGCAACUCGUGCGGGUGCUGGAACACGAGAGACGCGGCGGGCAACAUCGUGUCUGAGCACCCCGCGAUGCGCAACUCGGCGCUCAAUACCAAGAGCUUUGCACUACGAGGCCGGCCAUCGUCCUCCCAUCUGCCUGCGGCGACGGCGAGCCCGUUCUGCCGCAACUGUCUCACGAACCAAACGCUCGUCAUGAAUCUUCUCAGCAACUACCUCCCAGACGAAAGGGACCCGGCCUACCCCCAGCUCGAGGCCGACCUCCCGCGGUACAUCGAGAGCCUGUACGCGCGCUACCCGCCAGUGUGCUCGUCGUGCCAGGGCGGCGUGGACGAGGCGCUGAGAAAGGCCGACCAUCGCGCGCAGGCCGAGGCGUGGGGGAAUGCGCUGCGGCGCGGCGAUCUGCGCCGGAACGGUGCCGUCGAGUCGGACGGACGAAGAAACGGGGUGUAUGUCCCGCGCGGGGCAGCACAGACGCUGCUCGAGGUCGCGGUGUGGAGGGCAAGAGGGGCCCUGUUCCUCGUUGGCGCUGUUGGAUCGUGGGCGCUGGGCCUGGCCGCUACGUUCGCCCCCGAGCAGCUCGCCCGGAUACAGGCGUCGACGGCACGUGGUGUCCCGGCGACUUGGGCCAUCACGGCGUUCUACGUCGUGUCGCUCCUCUGGGCGGUAUGGGACCCGACGUGGUUGAAGCGCGCGAGGAGCCGCGGCCAGUUGCAUGUCGAAGGGUGGAGACUCUGGGUCGUGACGAUGGUGGCGUUGUACGUGAUGCGUAUCGCCGCCGCGAUCUUGCUAUUGCGAUCCUCAUGGAGCGUACUAGGUUACCUGUCGCUCGUCGACGUUGUCGCCGUCUCGUUCGCCUACUCUCAGCUGAGGCUCCAGCAACCUGUCGCACUGAAGCUCGUUCGGCCAGAUAUGACCUCGACAGCCCCUCCACAGGUGUCAUCGCCUCUGACGUUCUCAGGCCUGUCGCUAAGCGGCCAGCCCCAGCAGCCUCCUGCGCCAGUCUUCGGUCAGCCAUCGCACAGCGCUGCACCGCGGGACGAGAGUGAGCCGAUGGACUGGGAGCCCUCCCCGGCGACUGGUUCACCAAACGGCGAGACACCUGCUGGCGACUGGGAGACGUUUGGUAUUGGUCGGCAGCGCAUGUUCCCCCAGCCUCGACAGCAGGACGAGACGGGCCUCGAGUCGCUCUUCUCUGGCUGGGGCAUCAGCUCUGGCACGACACCCAAGAUCACCCCCGGUCAGUUGCCGGACGAGGAUGGCGACUACGCACCCCGGCCGCGCGGCAUCGUUCUCGAGAACACGGGGCUGUGGUUCGUCCGUGCCCUUCUCCUUGGCGUUCGGCUCAUUGCUCUGGCCGCCGGCGCCGCGUCGCACUUGCUCGUCACUCGACUGCCCACCGCUGCCAAGACCUGGCUCCACUGGCUCCUUAUCGCGGAGACGAUCGCGGACGCAAUCAGUCUCGCAGUGGCUGUCGCUGCUCGCGACAAUGCCGGGGCGCCCCUACGUGCCGUCGUUCUGGCGUCUGGCGCGGCCUUCCGCGCUAUGGCCAUCGUCUCUGGUGCUGAGCCGUUCCCCCCACUAUGGAUCCCCAACAGCGUGCCACACGCCUCGCUCGAGCCAUACGGCACUGAGAUCGCCUGUGGCGCUUGGGCACUCCUGGACGCGUUUGUCUUGGCUGCGACCUAGCACUUCCUUCUUGUAUCAUUGUAUUGGUUACCUGUAAUAUGGCAUAGGUCUCGUGUGUGGCAUUGGCCGCUUGUGGCGGCGCUUGUCGACGGCUCCGAACGGCGCGAUGGUAGGG